AUGUCAUGCGCGGGUCAACCUCGAAGAAUGGGUCUGGAUGGACUUAUCCACAAAUGGGCCGAGGCUAAUAAGAUAUUACAGUACUACAAUAUUACUAAAAUGACUGAAAUUGAACCAGCCUGUGUAAAAGUCACUUGUCUCUGUCAGGGGUGUCGGGGCUGCCCUUGGACAGACCAUUUGUCCGGCGGCCUUAGCCUCGGCGCAGUCCCCGUCGAACGAACACGGCUUCCACUAGUUCCAGGUCGGCAUCCAUCAUCCUCUCCCUCCCUCUACCCUUCCCCCUCACCAUCCACCAAUUUCAGCCGAGGGAGCUCCGAGUCGGGCCUUUUCCCCCACGUGUGGAGGACAAGGCAAGACUCCAAGAGAUCCCAGCGCUUCUCUCUCAGCCGCAUCACUAGGAUGGGAAUCCAGUGGAGACUGA